AUGAAAUUUGGAGCCAAAUUGUUUAUUUCCAUAUUGGGAAAAGCAUCCAAUAUAGUAUGUAACUGUCUUACAAUUAUAUAUACAGUUAAAAACGACGAAGAAAAAGAAAAAAUUGGCAAGGCAUUAUUUUCAUUAUUAGGUGUAUCAUCUAUUCUUUUACUUGGUACUAUAAUUGUUAAAACAAGAAAAUACCUACUUGUUAAGAAAGCCUUAAAACUUGCACAAGAACUUAAACUUGAAGCUUUGAUUAAACAUGAGUUGAAUAAUUUUUUAAAUUUUAUAACAAAUCUUGUUAGUCAUAAUAUAAAUGUUACUGACUAUAAACUCAGGAUUAAUAGGGCAGCUGUUGAAGCUCAAAACCAAAAUCAAAUUAUGCUUUUCCAAGAAGAAUUUAUUCAAUAUUUAGGUAAUAUAGAAGAAUUUAAAUUGAUGCUUUUAUUAAAUAACUUCACAACAACUAACUCUAUGAAAUAUAAUUUAAAAAAAUUAGGGGAACUGAAACGUCAAGUACUCAUUAGUAAAAAUGAUGUUAUAACAAUUUCUGUUGCACUUCAAUCUAUUAAACUGAAUUUAGAAAACUUGGAAAGAAGAUUAACAGAACUAGAGAAUCAAACAUGA